UUGGUUUUUGCAAGGAAAGAUGCGGAACGGGAUUUUCCCAGCUUUUGUUUCCCAACGGAAGGCUGUAUCCCGGCUAGUGUCCAUGGUUACCAUAGUGAUAAGGAGAAGGGAGAGCGAGAGAGGUGUGGUUCCGGCUAGAGAGGCGGCAGGUGGCUUCCGGUACCUAGGAAAGGGAAUGAAGGCGAGACGGACGGGAGCGGAAGUCGGGCAAGGAGCCGCUGGCGGUGGUGGUUAUGCGGGUGCUUCUGCUGGCCAGCCUGCGAGCCCAGACGGGCAACGGGACGACGGCGAGGAGGAUCCAGUCGGGGAAGCAGAUGGACCGGUCUGUGGACGCGUGGGAAGGGAUCAUCUGGAAGCCGCCGGCCACACGUGCACCCUCAAGGAUCUGUUCGAAUGCAAGUCCUCCUCGGCAGUGUCCAAGCUCAUCUCCCCUGGGAACUUUGACGCGGCUCUGGGCAUUCAUCUUUAUAAAGCCGGCCGGUUCCUGCAAGGCAGUGGCGUUCCUUUCGGCAUCCUCUUCGGAGGGACCGACAUCAACGAAGAUGUCAAGAGUGAAGAGAAAAGCCAAGUGAUGGCGGCCGUCCUGGACGAAGCCAGGUUUGCCGUCUCCUUCACUGACGCCAUGAAGGAAAAAGCAGCAAUGUACUGGCCUCACGCCAGGAACAAAAUACAUGUCCAGCCUCAAGGAAUUGUGACCAGCCCCAGCAGUUCUUUUAACUGGAAGAAGUGGCUAGAAACUGCAGAGAUUCCCCCGGACGACAGCGAUCUACGCCUCUUCUUGUUGAUCUGCGGCCUUAGAAGAGUCAAGGAUCCCCUUUAUUUAGUGGAUGCUUUUGCAGAAUGGCACCACAAAGAACCCAACGUGCAUUUGAUUAUCAUCGGACCUGCGGUUGAUCCGGUGUUCACCGAAGAAGUCAAAGAGAAAGUGAAAAGGGUGGAUGGGGUCCAUUUACUCCCGGAGAUCCCCCAGGAAGACCUCCACGCUGCUGUGAAAAGAUCUUUCGCUGUGGUGAACAGUUCGGUUUCCGAGGGCAUGUCAGCUGCAAUCUUAGAGGCAAUGGAUUUAAACAUUCCGGUGCUGGCCAGGAAUAUUCCAGGGAACGCAGCAAUCAUUACCCAUGAAGUGACUGGGUUUUUGUAUUCAACUCCCCAGGAAUUUAUCCAGUUGUCCCAAAGACUGGCUGCCGAUCCGUCUUUGCGCCGGGAGAUCGUGACCCGAGGGAAGGAGUACAUCGCGAAGCACCAUUUGUGGGAACACGAAAGAGAGGCAUAUCAAAAUUUCGUGCUAAGCCUCCGCUGACUCCGUGGUUGAUUCAGAGAUCCCAUAAGAACCUGCCCACGUUUUAAUGGAUGGGUGGACCUCUGUUGGUCCCACUUGAUCAUGGGUGCGAAUCCUGCAACUCUCUUCUUCAAUCAAAACCACUUUUAUUUAAAGGGAAUUUCUGCUCCGCAACGGGCGUACCCUUUCCCCGCACUUAGUUUUGCCCCCGUUUUCUUUCCACACACACUACAUGUUGUUGUACAAAACCGGAAGUGGACAUGCGAACACUUCCUCUUUGUCUUUGGGGACUUGCGUGGCCCAUGGAGGAUCCUCAAAGCUGAAAUUGUCCCCAAUGUUGCAUUAAUUGCAUUGUUAGCUCAGUAGUUUAAAUCUUUGGCUGCAGAGCGAGAGAUGGGGAGUUCGAUUCCACCA